GUGACGUCAAGCUAGUAGAGCAGCCGAGGAUGGCGUACUUUUUGAGAUCGUCCUUGACGAAGGGGCUUCAGCAUGUUAGUUUCAUAGCACAGGUGCGACAUAUCCAUGGAUCAUCUGCAUUUUUUGCAGCCAAGGUGCCUAUGAGCAGGUUUGAUGGUGAUCAUUAUGUGAACUAUGAAAAACUAGCACAAAACUUAGACAUUGUGAAAAGAAGGUUAAACAGACCACUCACUCUGUCUGAAAAAGUUCUGUACAGUCAUUUAGAUGAACCAGCAGAAUGUGAAAUUGUCCGUGGAGAAAGCUACCUGCGCCUCCGUCCUGAUAGAGUUGCUAUGCAAGAUGCCACAGCCCAGAUGGCCAUGUUGCAGUUCAUCUCCAGUGGACUUCCAAAAGUAGCUGUUCCCUCUACAAUUCAUUGUGACCACUUGAUUGAGGCAGAAGUGGGUGGUGACAAAGACUUGGCCAAAGCUAAGGAUAUUAACAAAGAAGUGUACAACUUCCUGAGUACGGCUGGAGCCAAGUAUGGUGUGGGAUUUUGGCAGCCAGGAAGUGGAAUAAUUCAUCAGAUUGUGCUUGAGAAUUAUGCGUUUCCUGGAAUUCUGCUAAUUGGCACUGAUAGUCAUACCCCAAAUGGAGGUGGACUUGGAGGUUUAUGUAUCGGUGUAGGUGGCGCAGAUGCUGUGGAUGUCAUGGCCAACAUACCAUGGGAACUGAAAUGUCCACAGGUAAUUGGUGUUCACCUGACUGGAAAACUGAAGGACUGGACUUCACCAAAAGAUGUCAUCCUGAAAGUAGCUGAUAUCCUGACAGUGAAGGGAGGCACUGGAGCCAUUGUGGAGUAUUAUGGACCUGGGGUGGAUUCCAUAUCUUGCACAGGAAUGGGCACUAUUUGUAACAUGGGUGCUGAGAUAGGUGCUACAACCUCCGUAUUUCCAUAUGGACACAGCAUGAGGAAUUACCUGAAAGCAACAAAUAGAGAAGGAAUUGCCAACCUUGCUGAUGAAUACAAAGAUGUCUUGCUCUCAGCUGACUCUGGUUGUGAAUAUGAUAGAAUCAUUGAAAUUAAUUUGGAUGAAUUAGAGCCUCAUGUCAAUGGGCCUUUUACCCCUGAUCUUGCUCAUCCUAUUUCCCUACUUGGAAAACGGGCUAAAGAGAAUGGCUGGCCUGUGGAGCUUUCUGUGGGAUUGAUUGGCAGCUGUACUAACAGUAGUUAUGAGGACAUGAGUAGAGCAGCCAGUUUAGCCAGGCAGGCACUGAAGCAUGGUUUAAAAGCCAAGUCCAAGUUCACCAUCACUCCAGGCUCAGAACAGAUUAGAGCAACCAUUGAGAGAGAUGGCCAGGCUGCAGUGCUGCGUGAAAUUGGAGGCAUAGUAUUGGCUAAUGCCUGUGGUCCCUGUAUAGGACAGUGGAACAGAACUGAUAUGAAAAAAGGACAGAAGAACACCAUUGUUACAUCAUACAACAGGAACUUCACUGGUCGUAAUGAUGGCAACCCAGAGACCCAUGCCUUUGUGACAUCACCAGAGUUGGUGACAGCCAUGGUGUUUGGUGGAAGUCUGGAUUUUAACCCUGUCACUGAUGAACUGGAAGGAGCAAAUGGUGAGAAGUUCAAGUUUGAAUGUCCCACUGGUGAUGAGCUGCCAUCCCGUGGGUUUGAUCCAGGCCAGGACACAUACCAAGCCCCCCCAAGUGAUGCAUCGGGAGUCUCGGUAGAUGUUAGUCCAACCAGCAACAGGCUACAGCUCCUCACACCGUUCAAUAAGUGGGAUGGGAAAGAUUUGGAUGACUUGGUUGUCUUACUAAAGGUGAAAGGCAAGUGUACAACUGACCACAUCAGUCCAGCUGGACCUUGGCUGAAGUACAGAGGUCACUUGGAUAACAUCUCAAACAACUUUAUGAUUGGGGCCACUAACUCUGAAAAUGGGGAAAUGAAUAGUGUAGCCAGUGUGUUGACUGGAGAAUAUGGACCUGUACCUGCCACUGCCAGGGAGUAUAAGGCAAAUAAUCUUCCAUGGGUUGUAAUAGGAGAAGAAAAUUAUGGUGAGGGAAGCAGCCGAGAACAUGCUGCCUUGGAACCAAGGCAUCUAGGUGGAAAGGCAAUCAUUGUAAAAAGCUUUGCUAGAAUUCAUGAGACCAACUUGAAGAAGCAGGGCAUCUUGCCACUGACAUUUGUCAACCCCUCUGACUAUGACAAGAUCUCCCCAGCAGACAAGAUUUCCCUCAAGGGACUGAAUGAACUGGCACCAGGAAAGCAUGUGAGGUGUGAGAUCAAACACAAAGAUGGCAGCAUAGAAACCAUCAAGCUGGCACAGACCAUGAAUGAACAGCAGAUUCAAUGGUUCAAGGCAGGAAGUGCUCUCAACAGAAUGGCAGAAAUGAAGCAAUGAAAUCUGCCAGUUUAGAUCUCCGACUGCUGUAAUAAUGUUGAACACAGUUGAUUGCUAUUCUUUCAUUUGCCAGAAUGGUCAUAGACAUCAUUUUUAUGAAAAUAGAAUAUAAGAGAACUUCAAAUGCACUUGUAUAUUUAAGGUCUUGUAGCUGCGAACCUGAAAAUCACAAGUCAAAGGCUCAAAUUUUGAAUCUUUAUUGUGGUGAAUCAGUGUUACUGGCACAUAACAGAAGUUGUUUUUAAAGUGUUUAAAUUAUUGUUGAGGCAUUGUUUGCUGUAAUUGUAGAUAUUAUAUAUAAACAGGUAAUUUGGAACAGCACAGAGUAUGCUUUCAUCAGAUUUCCGGAGUCUUGCUCCCAAUAACACUAAUGAAACGGUAUUAAUUAUUAUCAAUAUUAUCUUCUAGUGUUCUAAUAGUUUGGAUUUACUCACCCAUUAUACCUACCCAUUACAAUAUUAUAUACUCACAUUUGCAGUGUAAGAAUAAGUAUAUGCUGUCAAUGCUGUGGAUUGUCUAAUAAUACUUCUUGGAAUGUCAACCAUUCUCAUUCAUAUGUUUUAAAAUAAAAAGAUUACAAUGUACGUAAUAUACUAUGUACUGUUCAUGCUGUGGAUUGUGGAAUAAAUGUUUCCAGGCCUCUUCAGUUCUAUUAAAAUAUAAGGAAGUA